GAUGAUAUUAUUCCUACCCUGAUGCGUGUUAAUAGUUGACCUAUGUUAUAACAAUAUCAGUACCUCAUCUCUUUGCACAUUAUAUUUCACAUCUUGAUUGUUUGGUGUGUGUGUGUGUGUGUUAUUUUUUGUUUUUGUUCUGGCUGCUUGACAAGAUUGUCUUCUAUCUCUAUCUUGGACCCUGCGAAUCAUACUAUUCAUCCACCAGGCUUGCAGGCAGAGGGCGCGUCCCCAGCCAAAGUAAGGAAAAACAUGAAGACUGCCAUUGUCACAGGUGGUUGUUCGGGAAUCGGUUUGGGUCUAGUGAAACAUUUACUGUCCAAACAACCCGACAAGGAUGAUGGUGAUGAUGAUGAUGAAUGGCGAGUCGUCAUCGCCGACCUACGACCGGAAGCGUACGAAAAGGUUUCUUCCGGACUGGAUCCGGCGAGACACAAAUUCAUCGAGACCGACGUCGCGUCCUGGGACUCUCAACUGGCCAUGGUCAAGGAAGCAUUUUCUUGGUCAGGCGGCAAGAUCGACUUCUUCGCCGCCAAUGCAGGGACGGCAGAAGGGGAACACCUCCUGGACCCGACCAAGGACGACUUGGAUUCCGACCCUACGAUCCCGAGCAUGAAAUGCACACAGGUCAAUCAAGUGGCGGUAUUCUAUGGGUUGAAAAUGUUUGUGCAUUACGCCAGGGUCACCAAUCGAGCACUGAAGAAAGAAGCCGAGGCACGACAGAAGAAUGGCGGUGGUGGUGGUGACGGUGGCGGUGGUGAGCAACAACGUCGACAAGCGGGAAAAGGGCAGUACAAUCCAAAAUUCGUCAUCACCUCUUCAUGUUCGGCACUCUACCCUUUUCCGAUAGUGGUACAGUACGCCGCGACAAAGGCUUCGUUGGUUUCCCUGGUCCGGAGCGUGGGGAGGAACCUUUUGGCAAGUGACAACGUCGCCGUCAAUUGUAUCAUGCCUGCUUACGUCGACACGGGUUUGACUCCGAACGAGGUCACGGAGUUGUGGCCCAGGGAAUGGGUGACACCUUUGGGUACCAUGAACAGGGCCUACGACGAAUUGAUCAGUGAGGAUGGUACUGUCCAACAGGAUGGUAAAAGUGACGGGAGAAACAACAAGAUCAAGGCGGGUAAAUGUGUCGAGUGCGUGGUCGAUCGAUUGUAUUACCGAAGGGGAGUCGAGUUUGCAGACAAAUCCCAGAAGUUCUUGAUCGAAGAAAGUUUUCACCCUGACGGGGUCUGGAUGAGAGGGAUGAUGGAGAGGGAGAGAAAGGGAGGUUAUGCUGGAUAGAAAUGAAAAAUGCAAA